AUGGCCACUAGCACUACGAUGAAUCCCUAUCGAGCUUAUGAUCCUACUGUUUCAGUCUAUCAAGUUCCUGAAUUUGUUGUUGGUGGUGAAAAAAUGCUGUAUCAUGCAUUAUAUGGAAAUGAAGCUUAUGAAAAACUUCGUAAGUUCAUUUUUAAUCUUAUAUUUCAUUAAGUUAUUUUAUUUUCCAAUAAGACUUUUAGGGAAAAAUCUAUUAGUGAAGUCUUAUCUUUUCGUUUUCUUUUUCAUAUUG